CUGGGCGCCUGGGAGGCUGGCGCCAUGCGUGACGCGGGGCAGCUCGGAGCCGCCAUCGAUCGAUGGCACCGCACUGCUCGGUCCAUGUUCACUUCGCUGACCGCCGCGCCCUCGCCGCGGUUUCGGCCGCGCUUCCGAUGGGGGCCUGCUGCUGGGCAGCCUGUUCGGCAGCCUACGGGCGCGUCGGUCGCGUGGCGGGGGCGCUCGGCGCGAGAAUUCGACGCCGCUGCGAUCGUCGCGCGGUUAGUGCCAGAGGCUGCCGAUAGUCUGGUGCUCGCGCGGCAUUGGUCGAAGAUUUGCGCGCUGCAACGGGUCGCCUCGACCCCGGGCGAGACGCGCGACACCGCGCAGGCCUGGGCUGCUGCAUUCCGUCGCGCGCAGCUCUCGCAGGGGCACCAUGCGCUGCGCUCGCUGGCCGCUUCGGCUGCUAGGCGUGCCAGCAAGAUCGAGGAGUCCGUGGCGCGCGCCCGCAUGGCGCGCAUCGACGCUCGCGGACGGGCCGCCGUGGCUCCGCUCUCCGAGCAGGCCGCCCUAGAUCGCGAAGCCGCAGGCUGGGCCGCCAAUCGGGUAGUUGAGGGGGCUUACCGUAAGCCAGCAUUCCCUCAGCACCUACUGCCAGCCCCGGAGCCCAUCGCCCUAUGGGGCCUGGACCUGGCCGUGGUGUCGUUCCCCAUAUGCACGCCCCUUGGAGCCGACAGCGUGGCUCCGAGGGCCAUCCUGAGGCUCCUGGAGGCGGCGUGCCUCAUGCUAAUCCAGAUCUUGCUCGCUGCUGAACGGCUGGGGCGCUGGUCGGACGCGUGCAACCUGUUUUUCAUCGUCCUGCUGCCAAAGCCGGACGGAGGCCUGCGCCCUAUCGGGCUCUUCCCCACCCUGGUCCGCGUCUGGAUGCGCGCCCGGGCCACGGUGGCGCUCGCCUGGGAGGCGGCGCGCACCCUUCCAGCAGUGUUCGGCAGUGCUGGUCGCGGAUCCCAGCGCGCCGCUGGGGCAGCGUCUUUCGCUGCCGAGGCCGCCGCGGUGUCUUUGCAGCAGCACGUUGCUUUCCUGGUUGAUCUGGUCAAGGCGAUUGAGCGGAUUCCGCGCUACCUCAUCGCGGCUGCUGCGGCGCGCUGGGACUUCAACCUUGCUGUUCUGCGCCUGUCACUCGCGGCGCACCGUCGGUCCAGCCUCGCCGCUAUGGAACUCCAACUGCUGCUCCACGAGUCCAUGCUCAUCGCUUCGAUACGUUGGCCAAUGCUUCGUCUGUACCUGUACGUGGAUGACCUCACCGUUACUGCCUCUGGCUCUUCGCCGGAUGCCGUGGACGCUGUCCCUCGCAGCACGGACUUCUGCGUGGACAUGUUCGAGACGUGCCUGAAGCUCACCGCGUCGCCGACCAAGUCCUUCGCAGCAGCUUCGACGCCGAGGCUUGCAGUCCGGCUGUCGCGCAGCAUGCGGCGCCAGAUAUUGGCCCCGAAGCGCAGCGUGAAGCUACUUGGCACGCCCUUCUCUGGAGGUUGGCGGAGGUCCGUCGGGGUGCUCAUGGCCCGCCUCAAAGCCUUCCAGCAGCGGAUACUACGGAUGCACGUUCUUCGCCGCCAGCGGAUUGAUGUGACCUGCUUUGUGGGGGCCAUGGCAUGCCCAAGCAUGGUCUACGGCGUCGACAUCGUCGGAGCGUCCAACACGCACUUGCACCGCGUGAGGGUUGCUGCCCUAAGUGCGGCCCUGCCACCGGGGGCCCAUUGCAACGUCGACGUGGGCUACGCGGUGCUGGACUCUGGAGGCUCUGUUUUGGACCCCGCGUACGCGGCGCACGCGACGCCGUUACGACAUUGGGGUCUGGCGUACUGGCAGGACUGGGCGCCCUCCUCGGAGCUCGAGCGCGUCUUCGGCCUCGCGCGGCGCCGCUUGCAGGGCGUGGUGGCUCAGGGCCGGUCGCCGUGGUCUGCUGUCACAGGUCCCGUGGCCGGCGUUAUCGCCACUGCCUGGUGCCUCGGUUGGUCCCGCGAGUCUCCCAGGUGUUUUUACGACGACAAUGGCGAGCCCGUG